UAUUUUAUUCAAAAUGCACACAAAGUCCUCGCGAAGAUGUGUUCGCAUUUCGCGAUGUUGAUAAAUUCGCUACAUUUUUCUCAAGUCAACUCAUUUGUCGCGUCUCCCCGCUGUGGUGAAGGUCGUGAUCGAUUCCGGUAAAAGAAACGAGAGCGAGCUGACGCACCAGGUUAAAGUUUUGCGCAUCUACUGCUGAGACGAGCAACAGAAAAUUUAUUAUUACCGAGCUGUCAGAGACGAUGAUUGAAGUUGAAACUCCGUCCCCUGCAUCCGAUCGCGGUUGUAAUACUGAUUCUAGGUGGUUUAGCUGGACUAGAUUUUCCUUCAAUAUGUUGCGCUCAAUCGAAAAAUCUAUCUUAUCACAUUUACGGCUUCCAUACCGGGGGAUGUUCGUCGACAUUGGACCAUGCGUGGGAGAAGCCGAUAAAGUGUGGACCAUCGCCAUGAAUAAUGAAUCUAAACGGGUACCGAUCGUGAUGCUCCAUGGCCUUGGGGCAGGAGUUGCAUUGUGGGUGUUGAAUUUGGAUGAAAUUGCGCGGCACAGACCGGUCUACGCGAUCGAUAUCCUUGGCUUUGGACGCAGUUCACGACCCAAGUUUGCCGACGACGCUAUGAUUGCGGAAAAGCAAUUGGUGAAAUCGAUCGACGAGUGGCGCAAGGAGGUUGGCCUGAAGGAAAUGAUAGUGCUAGGCCAUUCCAUGGGUGGAUUCUUAGCCACCAGUUAUGCCCUGUCGUAUCCCGAUCGCGUGAAACAUCUCAUCUUGGCUGAUCCAUGGGGAUUUCCUGAGAAGCCUGCCGAUGAUGAAAACGGACGCAAGAUUCCUCUGUGGGCUCAGGCCGUUCUAAAAGCCUCUAAACCAUUGAAUCCUUUGUGGAUUAUUCGAUUCUUCGGGCCUCUUGGAUCGUGGUUAGUCGGCAAAACGAGACCAGAUAUUUUACGUAAAUUUUCCGGAGCAGUCACAAAUCAGGACGACAUACCUAACUAUAUUCAUCAGUGCAAUGCUCAGAAUCCGACCGGUGAAGGUGCGUUCCACACGAUGAUGAAAGAUUUUGGUUGGGCAAGAAAUCCGAUGAUCAACCGAAUCCAGGACAUGAAGGCCACGGUUCCGAUUACUUUCCUAUACGGUGAGAGAUCCUGGGUUGAUAAUAGUCCCGGUGAAACCAUUCGACAAUUGCGGCAGCAGGGCUACGUGAAAGUCCAUUCGAUCAAAGGUGCUGGCCACCAUGUGUACGCGGACGAUGCCGAAACGUUCAACGGAUUAGUGAACGACGCGUGUAGAACGAGCGAUGAUGACUUUCUGGCAGUAGUUAGGAAAGAUGAACCCAGUAAGGCGAGUAAUGUGUAGUGAAUACAAGUUCACGUGUCUAACAUUUUAAUGGUUUUCAAAAAGUAGUGCCUGCAUAGGUGUCACCCGGGAUGUCAAAAAAAUGUAAAAAAAUAUCGUUUAACUCAUAAGAUAAACGGAUAUUACAUGAAGGAAAAAUUAAACAUUCGGGAAACAAUAUUAGAAUAGCACCUUUCACUUUUCUUCCUUUUUUUUGACGAAGGAUUUUUGUAUUAUAGAUAAAUGUUAUGUACAAAUGUGUUAUUUAAUAAAUGAUUAUUGUGUAUUUAAA